AUAAUUCUCUUCCCUCCGAAAAAUGCAUACCUCUUCCAUCUUCAUUCUAAGCUUGCUCUUCAAUUUCUCUUCCAAAUAUGUGGUUGCCAACAGUUUCUUGAGCUGCAGUUUUCUAGCUAGCUGUGGAAGCAUCUCGAAUAUCAGUUAUCCUUUUUGGGGAUUGGAAUUGGAUCGGCCGGAAAGCUGCGGAUACCCUGGAUUCCGGAUCGACUGCAACGAUAAUGAGCCGGAAAUCACGAUCAUGGAUGUUACAUACCGAGUUCUUGAAAUAAACAAUACUUCGAAAACCCUUAACGUUUCUAGAACCGAUUACCGUGACAAUAAUUGUCCCACUGCUUUCCAAAACUCCACUUCCGGAAACAGCCCUUUUCGAUACGCCCCGGAUACUCGGUAUAUAAGCCUGUAUUAUGGUUGUCAGCCUCCCACAGUUGCAGAAAAUCUCACAUCAAACACGCAGAUUUCCAAUCAAUUCGAAUGCACAAUAAGCGAGAGAAACAUGAUAGCUUAUUAUGCGAUAAGGGACUUCAGGGGAACUGCCGUCGGCGAUUACUUGGGAUUGUGCAGUGACAGUGUGAUUAUUCCAGUCCAGAAUUCUCAAAUUUCGUUUUUGGAGGAAAACCAGAAUCCGAGAGCUUUGGAAGAAGCGGUGGAAGUUGGGUUCUUUUUUCAGUGGUCUGCAAAUGAUAGCCAGUGUGAUGCUUGUUUAAACGACGGCGGUCAGUGCGGGUUUAACCUCACCACAGAUGAAUUUGAAUGUUACCACUGCCCUGAAUCAGAAAGCGAUCUUUGUACCAAAAGGUCUCCAGGAGACAAGAACACCCGUGUCCCGCUUGGACUAGGCCUCGGAAUAGCCGGUGCAGCGAUAGUCGGUAUACUUCUAGCAAUCGGAAUUAUGCGUUUCCGGCAACAAAGGCGAAAGAAAAUCGCAGUCCAGGUUAUUAGCAGAGACCUUCUAACAUCUCACUCAAGCAAAGGGCCAUCAUUCUUCACAACUAAUACAUCUCAAACAAAUUCUUCAUCUUCCACUUCAAAAUUCGACAUUGAAAGAGGAAGCACUUACUUUGGUGCCCAUGUUUUUAGUUACGAAGAACUUGAGGAAGCCACUGAUAAUUUCAAUCCUUCUAAAGAACUUGGAGAAGGCGGCUUCGGCACUGUCUAUUACGGUAAACUCAGGGAUGGGCGUGUAGUGGCUGUUAAGCGCUUGUACGAUAACAAUUUCAUGCGUGUCGAUCAGUACAUGAACGAGAUCGAAAUCCUCACUCGCAUCCGUCAUCCGAACCUCGUGGCGCUCUACGGAUGCACCUCAAGACGUAGUCGAGGGCUUCUCCUUGUUUAUGAGUUCAUUCCGAAUGGAACCGUGGCUGAUCAUUUACAUGGAAAGCAAUCAAACGCGAGUUUGCUUGCUUGGCAUGUUCGUUUGAGCAUCGCCGUUGAGACGGCAAAGGCGUUGGCUUACCUCCACGCAUCGGAGAUCAUACACCGCGAUGUUAAAUCGAAUAACAUUCUCCUAGACAAGAGUUUCCAUGUAAAAGUGGCUGAUUUCGGAUUGUCACGGUUGUUUCCUAAUGAUGUCACGCACGUCUCGACUGCUCCGCAAGGUACCCCGGGUUACGUCGACCCGGAGUAUCACCAAUGCUACCAACUCACUGAGAAGAGUGACGUUUAUAGUUUCGGAGUCGUCCUGAUUGAGCUUGUAUCGGCGAAACAAGCAGUGGACAUCACCAGACAUCGACAUGACAUAAAUUUGGCUAACAUGGCAAUCAACAGAAUCCAGAGUCGAGCAUUGCACGAAUUGGUUGAUCCAUCUCUCGGGUUCGAGAACGAUUGCGCGGUGAAAAGCAAGGUAACGGCGGUGGCCGAAUUGGCGUUCCGGUGUUUGCAACAGGAGAGGGAUAUGAGACCCUCAAUGGGAGAAGUGUUGGAGACACUGAAAGAGAUUAAGGGUGGAAGAUCAGAAGAUGAAGUGGAGGAUAUUGGAUCGGAUGAUGUUGGACUAUUGAAGAGCAUUCCUCCUCCAGUUUCUCCUGAUUAUUCCACCGAUAAAUGGGUGCAGGUAAAAUCGAUGUAAUCCUGGGUUUUGUGUAAAUGAUGGAACGAGCAGAAGAAGAUGAAUUUUCUGCUGAUAUUUUAGGAAUUUUGGUAUUG